GUCGCGCUGCGAUUCACGCGCAUAGUGAGGGGGCUUUACAUUGAGUGUUUCUAUUUAUUUUUUAGAUGACGUUAUUUUUGACUUAUGAUUUGCACGCUCGAAAAGAUGGCUUAAAUAUAGUCACAAUGACAUGUCAUGUGUCACUGUCUACUGUUACAGCUGUCAAUGUCAUAUUUAGUUAUCUCUUGGUCAUCUCGUUUGACUCGUUUUCACUCAAUCAUUGUUAUUGUUUCCCAAGUUGGUUGUGGUUGUAAAUUUCCGUUUAACAAGCUGAAGUGACGAACCCUCUAAAUUCAAAAAACCCGUAACGUUAUUUUCAAUUACAAUGAUAAAGUUUGAAAUAGUGUCUUCCAGAAUAUCUACAGGCAAUGGGUCAGAUAAGAAGUUUGUGGUUUACAUGUUACAAGUCAGGCAGGAUAUUAGCAGACUUGAUCCAGAGCCCGUUAACGUAGAAAGGAGAUACACUCAGUUUUUGGAUCUGUACAAUGGACUCAAAAAGGAUUUCCCAACGAUUUUAAGCACCAUAUCAUUCCCUAGAAAGAUGGUAGUGGGCAAUUUUGACCCUAACUUGAUAACAGCCAGAGCUACAGCAUUUGAGGCAUUAUUGAAGCUUAUAUCAGAGGAAUCGCGUCUUAGAGAGUCCCCGGCAGCUAUAGCAUUUUUCCAAGAUGUGGAGUUAGCCGAAGCCAGACAACUGAUGUUCGAAGGAUCUCAUGACAUGGCACUUUCUGUGCUGGAAACUAGUUUCAGAUUAUUAAAUAAGGUGUACACAGACCGGUCGCGGGUGGUGCUGAGCGCGCUGUGCCGCGUGGUGGCGUGCGCGGCCACGAGCGGCGGCGCACUGGCCGGGCCGGUGGAGCGCUGGGCGCAGCUUGCGCUCCGCCGCUACGAGGCCGUUAGCGACGAUGAUCUGUUGCUCAUAUAUAUUCCGCUGCUGCACACGUGUAUAUCAAUAUGGGAAACGCUUGGAAAAGACAAAUCGCAGUUGGUACAAGAACUCAACGAUCUCCGCAAAAAAGGUAUGAAAGUAGAUUCAGUACCGAGCCUUAUGGAGGCGGUGGACAGCUUGCCCACUGUUAUUUAAUAGAUCUCUUAGAUAUAAGACAUGUAUUCUGGUCUGUCUUUGGCACAGAUUACACAGAUUAACAGUUUACGACAUUAUUAAGCGUUUACGAAGAGAGGAGAGGAGGAGAAGAAGAGAGGUCACCAUACUUAAAGCAGAGACGCUUUCCAUAUAGAUUUUCGUAAUACAUUGACCCGCGUGUUGCUAUCUCUGUUGCACGUGCAUAAUUAUAUUGCCGUCAAGUUCGCACAGUGACAUUGACAACCGGCAUCAUGGGCGGAACAGCAAUAUAACUAUGCGCGUGCAAUAUAAAUAGCAACAGGCGGGUCAAUGUACGGUCAUGUCUGAAAAUAUCGAUACGCAAAAAGUGCCAUAAAUCUGUAUACACGACUUUAUUGCCCAUAUAUUAAGGUGUAUACAUAUUUUUGGCACAUUUUUCGUACCGAUAUUUUCAGACGUGACCUUACGAAAAUAUAUAUGAAAAGUGUCACUUCUUUUAAAUGCAAUUUUAGUUGCAUCCUACAUUUUAUACAACAUCAGUCCAUGUUCCUCCCAAGAACUAUAUUAGAUACCUACUUUUAUUUUAAAUCAAUGUGGAUGGAACUGACGGACGCACUCCCUUGCUAAAACAAUACGUUAGUGGCUAUCUGUGAUGGUGGUGACCACGCUUUUUCUGUCACGUGGUGACCAUUGGUAUCUAUUUUUAGGAACGAAUAAGAUAUAUAAUAUAAGAUAUAAUACACAAUAAUUAGUUAACUAUGUGUGUAUAAGCGAAAUAUUUGACAAAAUAUUGAGCUAUUAGCAAUCAAUUGCUGCUUUUUGUAGUGUUCUGUUGUGUGGCCUUGUUACGUAGUAAAAUCCCAUAAUAAUAUAGUUCGUGUCAUCCACGAUGACGAGCAGAUUUGUCAAAUCUAACCUUUAAUAUCAUGACACAUAUGAGUCAAGGCGCACGUUUUCUUGUAGUGUAAUAAGUGGAAAUAUUGUCAGAUUAGAAACUUUUAUGACAGCUGUUGCAAGUUUUUUUUAAAGAGUUGUUUACAUUUUUUGCUAUUUGUCAUUAGAAAUAAAAAUACAUAUAAGCGGAUAUUAUUAUUUAUUAUGUUUAAAGUAUAUUAUAAAUUUAUACUAUUCUUAUCUCAUUAGAUGUUAAGUUUAAAUCAAUUUAUUUAGGUUUGUUUCCAUAUGAGAAGAUAAGUAGUUAUCAGAGGAAAUGUAUUUUAAAUUAUUAUCUUUUAAUGCCAUGUCACGACUAGUUUUUGUUCUGCACACAGAAAAUGUAUUUAAUUAUUAAUAAAGUCAUUGUAGACCAGUGUGCUUCACUGUAACAAAGUAACUUUCAAUAAAUAUCGUAUUAUAAUAUUUUUAGUAAAAUACUUAACUUAUAAAAUACCCGUCGUGUCUAUGUAGUAGUGUAAAUAUUUGGCAAGUACCUGUACAAUGACGAUGAACGCACAAAGUUAUACGCAGAUGGCGCUGUAAUCUUUUAAAUAAAACAUGUCAUUAGAUAUGCUAAAUCCAAAGAAACUUAAACCACAGACUGCAGAUUUUUGUUUGGUUCCAAGCAGUUUAAAACAAUGGAAUCAGUGAGUUUUUCACCUCUUUGUACAAGAAGCUACAUUACUUGUGCAUUGAAUUAAAGUGCGAAAUAAUUACAGCUGUAUUCUUUACAUUGUGAUAAAUGUUACCUACGAGUUUUUCGCAUUACGACUAGAUUAUUACAUAAGAGUAAUAAUUAUGGCAGUAAUUAAAAGUAUAAUCAAUAACUAUUUGAAAAAAAUGUGGAGUGUAGGAAGGUUAACCCGUAGGUACAUUAUUUUUAGAUAUAACUAUACCCACCUAGGGGGUGGGACACAGCUAAUGUUUAUGAUAAGAUUAACUUUUGGUAAUAAUAAUAAUGACGCAUCUUUAAACGUACAUCGUACUAAAAUGAAAAGCCGUAAGCAUAAGAACCGAUAAUAAAAUUAAAAUUAUAUUAUAUAUGUAUAUUGUGGUAAAUUGUAUUGUGUCAAUUUGGAAGAAAUGUAAUGAAUUUAGAGAGACUGUGUGGCCAACAAAUCGUCAAUGAUUGUGUGUUUGGUUAUACCGCAGUUUCUGCAAUUUAUAAAAUUAAGGGAUUUUUUUUAAACUGAGGUUUUCAGGAACAUAGUAGAAGUAAAAGAGGAAUUAAAAAGCCUGGUUCGUCAAACUUGUAUCAAAGUCCACAAUCACAUCACAUACCCCCUUAUACGAGUAGCAUACUUAACUCUUAGACCGGAGUUAGCAAAUAUAAGUACUUACCUUUAUAAUCUGGCCUGCCAUCCAUAUCAUUAGUGCAGUUAAAAGUUAAAACAUACACAGCCGAAAGGAAUGUUAAGCAUAUGCUUAGAGUAUCUUCAUCCGACAGAUAGUAUAAUGCUCUCAGCCCUUUUACAAUGUCACCGUUGGUUGGCCAGACUUUUUUACCUAUGCCUUUUGUAAAAAAAUCAGGAGCAGAUGAUCAGAGUCGUAAAUUCGUAUACAAGAAUUUUAGACUCGACACACUACACGGAGGGAAUAACGUAUAUAGGUACCUAAAUUUUAAAUAUUGGAACGCUGAUAAAUGUUUGCUAAAGUAGUUGAAUGGUACAUUACCCAUACAUAAUGUGAGUGAAACGAUUAUAAUAAUUGAUAAGACUUUGGUCUCUUACUUUUAUAAAAGAAGGCAACACAUUCACGUUGUAUUAUUUUUUUGUGAUUUGUAUACAUAUAUAGUUGCAUCAGAUUUUCUUUUUUAAUGGAUUUUUUUUGUACCUUUAACUGACCUUUCUAGUCUUAUUUGUCUCAAAAAAGUAUUCGAAUAUUUAUAAGCUCAAAUGAUUAUAAUUUAUAAAGUUUAUUAUUUAUUUACCAGAAAACAUCUUCUGUCGUUGCUUCUGGCAACGGUCGAUAUUAUACUUUAAACUACCAAUAUAACACUUUUCUUCAUUAAGACCAAAGAGAUAGAAAGGUAUGUUAUAAUUAAUCUGCCAUAAAAAUAAUUGUGAUAUGUGUUCUUUUUGCGAAAAGUAUUUCGAUCGAAUAUGACCAUAAAGAAAAUACUAUCUUAUUAGGUUAAAAACUUUUGUAUGAAAUUUUUUCCAGAGCAUAGAACACCAUUCAAUCGAAGUAUUUAUAAAUCUGCCCAUGUCUAUAACAACGUUUUUGUUAUUAGCAAUAUUGAUUCAGAACGGAUUAGUACACAACGAGAGUGGCGUAUGAAAUUACAUAGUUAUUAGUACCUAUGUUCUUUAUAUUUACCAUUUAUUAUAUUUUUGUUGUUUUUUAAUAGCCCGCAUCGGUAGCUGUGUAUAAAGUCAGGCAGCUUAUCGAUUGAUUACUGUAGGUGUGUUACCAUUGUCUCAUGAGCUAUCGGCAUCCUUUUUGUUUUUAAUAUAAAACUAGUUUAGACAGAUAGCAAAGAUACAGGAGUUGGCGCCAACUUCGUAUAAAAGGACGUGUAAGUAAAUGAAAUAGUCAAUAUUUGAGCAAUGUAUGCUUAUUGCUUAUAUAAUUAAAUACAACAACAGAUCAACAGAUGAAUCUGUCCGAGUAUACAUAUACAUAAUAUAGUACAAUUCUAUAUUAUAAGUAUAGUAGCAGUUCUACAAUUAUUCUUUGUGAUAAUUAAUCUCUGUUUCCACUGUUGCAUAUUAAUUGUAUGUAUUUCUUAAAUUCUUAAGUCUUAUUUCGUAUUUCUUAAGUCCACAUCAUCGACCAUUGUGACUAUUAGGUUUGCUAAAUAGGGAAUAUUACGCGAAAGUAUCUACCCUCAAUAUCACUUUUGCAUAUUCGAGCGAUGAAGAGGCAGAUAACUCAAUUUCGAUUUUCGCGUUUCCCGGUAGGCCCUUUGUAAACAAACCGCCUUGAUGUAUCAAUGUCAUAUUUUAUUAUCUGUGAAAACUUGUCAAAAACAGUUUAAGGCACAGUAUGUAUAAGUUACUCUAUGGUUUAUGAAAGGUGCUAGUGCUGCACUCUGGCGGCAGAACAUUGCAGUAAUACUCCCUAUUGAGUAAUUUAGUCACAAUUUGUCGAUAUAAAUUUAAAUCUAUAAUAAUCUGAAGGUAAAUUCGGCAUAAGCUCGACAUAAUGUAUGUACUUCGAUUCUAAACCAGCUUAGUAUAAGUAGGUACAGUUUGCAUCAAUAGUACCUAUAGAAGCGGUAAAAAAAAUCGCGCCUAAAUAUCUGCCAACCUGUAAGUAAUAGUUUUAGAGAUAUAAUUAUAUCUUUAUAGUUCGCGUUUGAAUGUAGUUGGCAUAGUCUACUAGGGUUGUUUCCAUCUAAAAAUCUUAGGGUAGAAUUGUAUCCCAAUAAAUUCUAUUGAAUUAUAAGAACAUGUUAAACUACUUUAUAUAUAUACAUAUUUUGUAAAUAUUGAAUUUAAAAUAUCUUUUGGCACACGUCACGUGACCAAACUCGAAACGUCUUUGAAGAUACUGAUGACGUCACAACUCUCGGAUUGACACUGUUGACAGUUAGGCGAUAAACAACAAAUGACAAAUGUCAGUUGACAGCUCGUAUCUUCUACGUGUGUAUGUGUCAAACCGUCAACUGUGACGUCACACAAUUUUCAAAGAGCGUUUUGGGCGCGAAAGCAUCCGUCAAAAUAUAUUUUGUUAAUUUAACAUAUUUAAAGCCGUUUUUAUUAGUAAGUAUAAAAGUUGAAUGUUAGGGCAACUUUUAGUUAAUAUAGAACGUAAUACAAGCGUUUCAUAAAAUUGGAAACAACCCUAUUCUAUACAUAUGUAUGUAUAUGAAUACACAGAAUUUUGUCUCUUUUCAUAAAAUUAUUUGAUAGGUACCUAGUACUCUUGUCGCGUAGUCACAUCCGCGACUGACUGAUGCUGACUGCAUACCUACUCGUUAUGAUACUGGUUUGAUUACCCAAUGGGUACCUUACUUUUAAAUAUUUAUUCGAUGCUAAUUAGUUUCCAAAUAUAAGGACGAAAGCUUUGGGUGUGAUUCUAAUCAGUAAUGGGCUUUAUAGAUUAAAAUGAAUGCUUAUGGAACGGGAAAACACGUGAUUAUGUCUAAAUCGGCCAUCAGAAAAUUAAAAUCAUCCGUGACUUCUUGAAGUGAAUGAGAUUCACAUCAGAUACUAAUCAAAAUGUAUUAGAAUAUUUAUUGUACUGUUGGUGCCUAUCUAACGUGUAUUAUUUUAAAUCAAUUGCAUGUCUACUACUAUACGAUAAUGAUAUCAUAACAUGGAUCAUUAUUAAUUGUAAGUACCAAAUUUUUUAAUAGCGUGACUGAUAUUUUAUACAUUUGUAGCGUCACUCAAUAAAACAAAUAUUAAAAUCCUUUACAAUGA